GUUUUUCUAAACUCUAGCUUCUCUUUAUAUAUAUAUAUACAACAAUCCUAUGGGAUUACUCAUCAAUAUACAUUGCAUUCAAAAAGAGCUAUACAGCACAAGUUACAAAUCUCUUGUGCUUUUUGAUUAAAGCAAGUCAUUUCCCUGAAAAUAAUGAUCAACACAAAGAAGCUACUCAAGAUGGCCAAGAAAUGGCAACAAAGAGCAGCCCUCCACAGGAAAAGAAUCUCAUUCCAAAGAUCAAGUACAUCUACUAGCAGCUCAACCGCAGUAGAAAAGGGUUGCUUUGUUGUUUACACGGCGGAUAAAGCACGCUUUGCUUUUCCGUUAAGUUACCUGAGCAACUCUAUUUUCCAAGAGCUCUUUAAGAUAUCUGAAGAAGAGUUUGGCCUCCCAUCAGGCGGACCAAUCACCUUGCCUUUUGAUUCGGUUUUCUUAGAGUAUCUGAUCAAAUUGAUCGAACUACGAAUGGAUGGAGAUACAGAAAGAGCUCUGUUAAUGUCAAUCUCUAGUGCUAGAUGUUCUUUACCAUGCACUUUUGAACAACAAGAACAACUGUUUGUAUUUUAGAGAGCUAGUGUGUAGCAAUUUCUGCGUUUGUAAGAAUUUAAUUAUCUUAGAUUAUCAAAGAUUAUUUCAGAAAUAUAAACCAUUCUUUUUCCCUUU